AAAAUAACCUUAAAUUGUGCGUGUCUAUAGGAAACAAUUGUAAAUUGUUAGUUUGAAAAAUAAAUACUAAACACGUGAAAAUGCUAUCCGGUGUUGUAGCGGAUGCCUAUCUUUUGAAAUUUGAUUGAUGUCUUAGGUUUUAUUUUAAUUUUAACAGUACCAAUUUGUGUUUAUGGUUUGACAAGUGACAUUCAAAUAAAAUAUCUAAUAUGUUGGUCCUAUUCGAGACUUCGGCUGGAUACGCUAUAUUUAAGGUAAUGUUUUUUUUAAUUUUCUAUUACCACACUAUGCUGAUCAACUAAUAUUAUAAUGUUAUACUUUGUUUGUAUUAAGGUUUUGGAUGAAAAAAAGCUGAAAAAUGUUAGUGAUUUGUAUAGUUAUUUCGAAUCACCAGAGGAUUGUUCUAAAAUGUAAAUAUGCAAUUUUUUUUUAAAAAUAUUUUGCUUCUCAUUUAACUCCUGUAUACUUUUAUAAAAACAAAAAAAAAAACACGUUUGUAAUAAUUUAACUUUUAUGUUUAUUAAUUUUUAAUGACAUGGCUUAAUCUAUGUACUUUCAAUAUUUACAACAUUUGUUGAUAAAUAAAUAUAUUAUUGUUAGGGUUACCACCUUUGAAAGAUGGUAGACCCGGAGACACUUCUUCUUCUCUGGCUAUUUACAGGCCUUUUAGGCCCAUUGCCGCAACAACAUAUUAUCUCCAGUCUUCUCUAUUUUGUGCCGUUUCUUCAGCAUUCCUUACUCCCAACCUCUUUAGGUCUUCUUUUAUUCUAUCUGACCAUCUCUGUCUAGGACGUCCUCUGGGCCUCUUUGCGUUUGGUUUCCAUGUAGUUAUUUGUCCGAUUAGUCCUUUUGAUUUCCAUACAUGUCCAGCCCAGCCUAUUCGCGCGCUUUUCAAGAUCCCUACAAUAUUGGUUUCGUUAUAUAAUUCUUAUAAAUUUUUAUUGCUAUGUAUUUCAUAAUCUCCUUCAUUGUUUUUCUUUGAGCCAAAUAUCUUUUUCUCAAAUAUUUCUAACUUUUUUUAUCUGACUUUGUCGUCGCCCUAGUACUGCUUGCAUAUAGAGCUAUUGGUCUGACUAGAACUUUAUAUAAUGUUACUUUGGAUUUCCUUGAUAAUAGUUUUGAUUUGAACAAUGAUAAUAGUCCAAAGUAACACCUGUUUGCUGCGAUGAGCCGUCUUUUCACUUCUCCGUGGCUAUUAGCAUCUUCAUUAAUAUCUGCACCUAAGUAUUUAAAAUUUCUUACCCUUUCAAAUAUGUACUCAUUUACUUUCAAGAAAUCCAAUCUGUGAUUUUGUCUANGGAUAUAACUGUCCUCAUAACUGAUUCUAGGGCGAUGUUGAACAGUGCAGGUGAUAAAGCAUCACCUUGUCUAAGACCAGUCGUUACCUGAAACUCCUCUGAUAAUUCUCCUUUGAAACUAAUUUUACUUUUUGAAUUAUACAUACACAAUUUUAUUAAUCUAAUUAACUUGGCUGGUAUUCCUAACUGGUCCAUCCCGGAGACACACCGAUAAGAAAAAAAAAGGCCAGCAAAAGAUACUGUACUUAUAUGUAUUACAAGUCAAUAAAUUGUAUUUUAUCUCAUCUUUUGGCUUAUGAAAAUCAUUCUUCUCAUUUUCUGUAAAUAAAUUAUAAAUAAUUUAAGUAGUACUAAUUUAAUAUUAAAUAUUAAAUAUUAAUUGUACCCGGAAAAUUAUUGACCAACUCCGUAGCCUCUAUAGAUUUAUAUGUAAAACUAAGAGUAUUUUGGUGAAACUCUGAAAGGAUGACAACCCUUAUUGUAGUGUUCUGGUUAUUUAUUGAAGCUUGAUAGUCAGCUAAUAGAAACAGAAAUGUAUAAUCAAAUUAUACAAAUUCAUAAACAUGUAUUAGCUCAUAAUAUUUUUCUAGUACUGUCCUAUGAAACAGUACACCUGAUAAUCAUAGCUUUAACCAACCCUUAUUUAUUUCAUUUUUUAAAUAUUUACCAGUUAUCAAUGUCAAAACGAAUUUGAUUUUUGAGCAGCUGUCGUUUCUCAAUUUUAAGAUAUACGGGUGGUUAUGUGCUCUAUAUAAAAUUACUAAUUACUAUAGGAAAUAGGUAUAUUUGUACUUAUUUACUAUCAAUUUAGUGAAAUUAUCUAAUUUCUUAAUAAAUAAAAUUUGAUUCUUUAUUAGUUUUAAUUUGUUAGCUACUAAUUAUUGUAUAGCCUUAAAUAAUAUGUAUUAAUAUCUACUUUAUUAAGUCAGCACACAAUUCAGCACAAAAUUACCUUAUUCCUAUACAGUUCUGUAAGGUUAUUGACAUAAAAAACAACAUUUUUUUUUUGUGUUGUUUUAUUCUAAACUAUUGUGAUGUACACUAAAAUUAAUGAAAAUUAUAAUUAAUUUCCUGUUGUAGUUUUGUAUAAAAAAAUAAAACUUUUUUUUUACAGCGUCAAGUUAAAACAUUUUCAAAAAUUUGAAGACACUACUGAAGCUCUAGCUUCAGCUGCUUCAUUAAUCGAAGGAAAAUUAUGCAAAUCUUUGAAAAAGGUAUAAAUGUUUUGAUAAUUAUUACUUUUAGAUUUGUAACAUGAAAGGGGUCUAUUGAUUUUUCUAUGAUAAGUGUUCUUUUUUUGGACCUGAGCAAUUUUUCGACCAGAAAUCUUGCUCUCCAAAAAAUGACAAGGGCUUAUUUGAUGUAUUUAGUUUGUAAUUUAUAUGGGAUUUUUAAUAAUAAUUGGGAAACAAAUAUAUUAGAAAAACGAAAAACUAUUUACAGACUGUUGUGCUAUUGUCAUUUUCUAUACAUUUUGUUCUAUCAGAAAUCAAGGUUUAAUCAAAAUAUGCCAAGAAACCCUUUUCUGUUGCAUUUUAGAAUUAGUUGCUGAGGAAGUAUGUAUUUUUUUGAUUUUCCAAGCAGUUUUAAUAAUAAUUGGAGGAAAAACAACUAAUAAAUUCAAGGGAUAGCUUUUAUGUUGAUUUUUUUUCUAGUUAGUGAGUUAUUAUGUUUUUUUAAUUUUCAUUUAGUUAUUUUAAUAAUGCAGCAAAAUCAGAAUAAAUGGAAAAAAUGUACGGAAAUAUAAUGGUUCAUUUUAAAUUUAUAUUUGUUGAGGUUUAAAAUUUUGAAAAUAUUUUGAACUUGUCUUUUCUAGACAGAAAAAAAGUAUUUCAUACAACAUUUAUGAUUUUAUUUUUUUUUGUUACAUUUUUUUGUUAUCUUGGCUUACAAACACAAAUGAAAUAACUUUAUAUAUCUUACCUUCCCACAUUCUCACCCAUAACAGUGGCGCACUAUGAAUAUUAUCUUAAAAUUGUAUUAUAGAUUAAAGUAUAUUAAUAUAUUUUUUUAUUUUUUUCAAGGUUAUAAAAUCCCAUGUGAACAGUACAGAUUCAUUGAUGGUUGCUGAUCCGAAAUUGGGUGUAGCAAUUAAAGAAAAAUUUAAUGUUAGCUGUGUUUCAAGUUCUUCUUCAUCAGACUUAUUACGAUGCAUUCGGUCUCAAUUUGAAAAUUUAUUAGUCGGUCUUCCUAAAAAAGACUUAACUGCUAUGUCUUUGGGUUUAGCUCAUAGGUAAAAUUAAUUAUCUAUCAAAAAAAAAUUAUUAUAACUAAGUUUUAUUUCAGUUUGUCACGUUACAAGCUCAAAUUCAGCCCAGAUAAGAUUGAUACUAUGAUAGUACAAGCAAUUGGAUUAUUAGAUGAACUUGAUAAGGAAGUAAAUAACUACAUUAUGCGAUGUAGAGAAUGGUAUGGUUGGCAUUUCCCAGAACUUGGAAAGAUUCUUACUGACAAUUUAGAAUAUGUUAAAACAAUUAAAACCCUUGGUAAAAUAUAAUUUAUUUUAUGUGAUAUUUUUAAAUUUAUAAUUUCUAUUAAUUUUCUUUAUCAGGUAUGAGAGAAAAUGCCAAAAAUAUAGACUUAUCAUCCAUUUUAAGUUCUGCUUUAGAAGAUCAAGUUAAGACUGCUGCUGAAAUAUCAAUGGGAACUGAAAUUGCUGAAGAUGACAUACAGCAUAUAGUUCAGAUGUGUGAUGAGGUAAUAUUUUGUUUUCAAUACUUUAUAUGUAUGUGAUUCAAAUCAUUGAUUUUUAAUACUUUUAUUAACUUAUAAAAUCUUCAGAUUCAGGUGAUCCAAAUAUAAAUUUGUUUGAUAUAUUAUUUUGAUAUUUCAUGCUUAUCAUAGUUUGUGUAAUCUUUACCUUUUUUGUAUUCAUUGUAGAUAUUAGCCAUCUCUAAUUAUAGAUCAUCUUUAUCAGAUUAUUUAAAGUCACGGAUGAUGGCUGUAGCACCCAAUGUUACUGUACUUGUUGGUGAUCUUGUUGGAGCUAGAAUGUUGGCACAAGGAGGUAAUUUUCUGAUAUAUCUUAGAUAUAUUUAUUUUAUUACUAUGGUAUUAUGGUUUAUAGGAUCUUUAGUAAAUGUUGCUAAAAUGCCUGCAUCAACAAUUCAACUUUGUGGAGCAGAAAAAGCAUUAUUCAGAGCAUUAAAGAAAAAACAUGACACUCCUAAGUAUGGUCUUAUUUAUCAUUCCAGCUUGGUUGGCCGAGCAACUGCUAAAGUUAAAGGAAGGGUAUGUCAGAUUCUAUUAAUGUAUCAAUUUUUUUUCAUCUGAAUAAUUAGAUUGCUAUUUUUUGUAAAAUGAACCUUCCUUUACGGAAGAUGUGAAAAAAAAAAAAGUACCAUCACAACAGUGGCAUUCACAAUAUAUACCAGCCAAAUGAUUGAAGUUCGAAUUUCAAUUACUUCAUUUUAGAUUCUAAGUAGAUAUCAAAUAUAUUUAUAUACAUAACAACCUGGUAUACUCUUUAAAAAAUUCUCUCUUAAAAUACAAUAUGGAAAAAUACCAAUAUUAUCUUAUUUAUAUAAACUGUUCAACAAAUUGAACACUGAAAAAAGACAAAAAAUAUUAAAAACAAAAUAUCCCCUAUACACAACCCAGACUAUUCUAUAGGCUAUAUCAGACAUUGCCAAAGCAAACUUUUUUGCUUUCAAUCUUGAAAAUAAAUUCAUUCCUAAUGCAAAAAAAUCAAUAUAGAUCAUAUUAAUCACAUUUUUUAUCUAAUAGUCUCCCUAUGUGUGCUUGUCAACUAAACAUACCACUCCCUCUGAAAUCCAUUUAAUUAAAAAUCUAUCCAAAAACAAUUCCUCAGGACUGUAAACUAUCUAAAAAUGCUGUAAUAUUUCUAACACAAUUAAUCCAGACAUUACUUUUUCAUUUAGACCAAUUAGUCUAUUGUCUUCUUUUUCAAAAUUUCUUAAAAAAAAUUAAUACUUUUCAAUAAUACUUCAAUUGAGUCUGGCACAAAGGCCUUAAAAAUAAACUUUGUUUUCUACCUUCUCCUCAAAUCCUUUCUCAUCCAUUGUACGUACUUUUAUGGUAUGCUGUGAUGAAGAGCUAUCUAAGUUCAUUCUAAUAUAGCAGAUGUUUCACAGGGCAGCAUCAUCCCCCCCUCCCUUCUCCCACAUACAAUAUUUACACUGCCAAUAUUCCCCGUACUAUAAACACUUGUCUAUCUACUUUUGCAGAUGAUACAAGAGUAAUUACCUCUAACUUAGAUAUAAACACAGCGACAAAAAACCUCCCAAGUUCAUUUACUAAAACUCCAUAAUAACUCCACAUACUUCUAAAAGAAGUCUCACUUCACCUACUUAUACUUGCAGCAUGAGUUUUUUUUUUUUUUUUUUUUUUUUUUUAUUAUUAUUUAGAUGUCUCGUAUGUUAGCAGCCAAAGUUGCUCUUGCUGCUCGUUUUGAUGCUUUUGGUGAAUCUGAAACUAUAAAUAUGGAUUUAGGUACCAACCAUUUAGCUACUUUAGAGUAUAAGCUUCGCCUUAUGGAAGAAGGUUCUAUGACUAGAAUUAGUGGAACUGCUAAAGCUAAAGCUAAAUUUGAAAAGUAUCAAGUUAAAAGGUAAUGGAAUUUAAACUGUAGUUGUUGACCUAGUAAUUAAUUAUUAAUAUUAUUUCUUUCUUAUUUUCAUAGAGAAAUAGUACAGUAUUCAGCUGCUGCUGAUUCGACUAUUCAAAGUGUGAAACGUAAAAGAGAAGAUGAAAAUCCUGAAAUAAAACAAGAACAAUUAGCUUACCAAAAUAUAGAUAUCAAAAAAGAAUCUGAAGGUAAUUUAUAAUGUUUAUAUUUGUGAUAAAUAAAUUACGAAUUUAGCAAUUUUCAAUUUUUUUCUUUUAGGUUUUUUGUGGAUAACUAUUUUUAUUUUUUUAUUAAAUUUUGUAUUUUUCCGAUAGUUGUUCAAUCUCCAAAAAAGAAAAAGAAGAAGAUGAAGGAACAAACAAAUGGUAAUACUACUGCUAUUAGUGCUGAUAUUACAAUGCAAAGUGAACAAGAUUCAAUAUUAACUGAAGGUAUAUAUAUAUUUUUGUAUAUUAUUAUCAUUCAAAAGUUAAGACAUUUACUUAUCAUAUUUUCUAAUAACAUAUUUCUUUAAUUAUAUAAUAUUGUUAAAAAAUAUGAUUUUGAAGUUUUUUAUUAUACAAACUAAUAGUAUCAUAAACUAUAUCAUAUCUAAAACUUCAACAUUUUUUUUUCACACAGCUUUUAUUUCUCAAUCACUGAUAUUAUAAAUUAUUAUAAAACCUAUAAUUUAUUUACAAUAGAAUAUUAUAAAAUUGAAAACUAACACUGAUUUAUAUGAAAUAAUGAAAUAAAAAUGAUGUGUCCUUGUAUGAAUGAUUAUGAGUUAAUCUAAAGAUUAACUGGUCAUAGACAUUUUGUUCAAAGGAAUUUAAGUUUUUAUUUUAUUUUAUGUAGAUUGUAUUGUUUGUUGUUUAUAAGAUAAAUUAAAAUGUUUAACCAAACUUUGAAAGAAAUAUGUGUUAUUACCAAUGUUUCGUCUUUAAUUAAAUUAAAUUACCUUAUACUUACUACCUACAAUAUUGGUACACCCAUAUUGCAAAUUAUAUAUAAAAAAAAUAUCCUCUAUUUAUUACUUAGAAAUAAAUUUUACAAUUAAAAUUUUAAAUAAAUAUAUUUUUAUUCUAUUUUUAAGAACCAACAUUAAAAUCGAAGAAAAAGAAGCGGGAAUCACAAAUAAAUCAAGUUCAAGAACAUGCUAUUGUUACUGAAUCUGGUAUUUAUAUACUAUUUAUUUAUUUCUACUUUAGUGGUUUUUAUUUUAGAGAUAUUUUGAAUCUCUUUAUUUUUUGUACAAAAAAAUUAAUUAUUUUAUUUUAGUAAAUGUACCUAAAAAGAAAAAAAAGAAGAAGCAAGAUGAUGAUUCGAUAGUUGCUGAAACUACUCUUAAUGAAUCAGUUGGUAAGUAGUCUUAAUGUAAGAUAUAUUAAUAAAUACAAAUAUAUUUUGUAACAUUGUUGUUAAUAGUUGAUUCAGGAAAAAAGAAAAAGAAAAAAAAUAAGAACCAAAUUGUAGAAACUGAAAUUGCUGGUAAGAUUCAAAUUAAUGCAUAUUAUGUUUUUAUUAAAAUGUUCAAGAUGUUAAGAUUUUUUUUAUCACAAUGUGUAUAACUUUUUGUGGUUUUUUUUGAAAAUAUUAAAUAUAUUCUUUUUUUUUUCAGAACCUGUUGAAGUGACCACUGAAAAGAAAAAAAAAAAAAAGAAGAAAAAUUAAAUUAAUGAUAGUGUUUUUCUUUUAUACUUUAUACUAAUAUUGGAUUUUGAUAUUUGUCCAAGUCUAAAUAAAUUAGACUACUUGAGUACAAUAAAGGACAAAUUGAUUUUAUCUUAAUGGAUUGUGUUUCCAUUGUUCUUAUUUUUUAAAUUCAAAUUUGCUGAAAUCAGAAAAGUAUUUCAUAGUUAUACAUUUUCUGUUUACAAUGAUUUAUUGUUGGCUUCUACUUCUUUGCCUUCAUCCCAACUAUUUGAGGUUAGUCACCCCUAUUUUAAACUUCCACUUGAUCUAAUUUCCCGUCUUGAUUCAUUGUUGUAUUUAAAAUUUAAAUUAAAUCCCUAAAUUCCUUUACUGUACCAGUGGUAGUUAAAUUAUAGAUGUAUCUCUUUUUUUUCAUAUUAAAACAAUUUGGCAUGUGUCAUUUUUUGUUCUUUCAUUUUACAAGUACUUGUACUAGGACAUUUAAUAAUGCAUAAUUCAUAACACAUGCAAUGUACAUAACAUAAACAAUAUUAACUUGUUGAUUAGUGUUGACUUAAACAUUUAUAUAAGUUAUAUAUACAUUUCCCCUCUUCUAUAUUAUUAUAUUAUAGUCUUAUGAUUAAGAAUACAUUUUUUCUUCUCACUUUUUCAAACACAGGAGGUUUCACUGUGUUCAAUUUAUGUAACAUUGCGUUUAACUGACCUUAUUGUGUUUUAACGUGCUAAUAAUAAAUAGCACCGUGUAAAGUAUAAAAUAUUUUAAUAUUUUGUAUUAUUCAUUGUGUUAUUCAUAAUCACACGUAAUACAUCCUGUAUUUUGUUGUUUUAACUUAUUUGCAAGACUAAACAAACUAUUGCAAUAACAUACUUUAGGGCAUCUACACUUGUUUACUCUGGAAAAUUGUUUACAUAUUUUUUAUAACUUGUUGAGUUUAGGUAUAAAUAGCAAUAGUACUUAUAAUUAAAAUAGUAUAAAUACUAUACCAUUUAUGUACCUACUAGUCAUCUAUACAAUAAAUACUAAGAUCAAUCAUUAUUUUUUUUUACAUUUUGUUUCAUGUAGGUACAUAGAUGGUCUUGAAUCUAUCUUAAGAUUAUUUAAUAUAUUAACACCUGUGUAGUGAAAUAGAAAAAUUUAUUUUAUAACUGAAUUUACACAGCC